UUCUCCACACAUCCAUUGAGAGAUCCCUCCUGGUACAAGGUGGGCACCAUGGCACAGAAGUUUGAAUGCCACCACUGCAAGAAACUCCUGCAGGGGAAGAAGUAUGUGGAGAAGGACAACCACCACUGCUGCCUGAGCUGCUUUGACAAGUUCUGUGCCAACAUGUGUGUGGAAUGCCACAAGCCCAUCGGUGCAGACUCCAAGGAGGUGUGCUAUAAGAACCGCUACUGGCACAGCACCUGCUUCCACUGUGCCAAGUGCCUGUGUCCCUUGGCCAAUGAGCCCUUUGUGGCCAAAGACGAAGAGAUCCUGUGCAACAAGUGCAGCAUGCUUGAGAACUCCUCCAAGUGCAAGGGCUGCUUAAAGCCCAUUGUGGCAGGAGAUCAGAAUGUGGAGUACAAGGGGACUGUCUGGCACCAAGACUGCUUCACCUGCAGCAACUGCAAGCAAGUCAUUGGGACUGGAAGCUUCUUCCCAAAAGGGGAGGACUUCUACUGCGUGUCUUGCCACGAGGCCAUAUUUGCCAAGCAUUGCGUGAAAUGCAGCAAAGCCAUAACAUCAGGAGGGAUCAUGUACCAGGAUCAACCCUGGCAUGCCGAGUGCUUUGUGUGUGUUAACUGCUCUAAGAAGCUGGCUGGGCAGCGUUUCACCGCUGUGGAGGACCAGUAUUACUGUGUGGAUUGCUACAAGAACUUUGUGGCCAAGAAGUGUGCUGCAUGCAAGAACCCCAUCACAGGGUUUGGUAAAGGCUCCAGUGUGGUGGCCUAUGAAGGAAAAUCCUGGCACGACUACUGCUUCCAUUGCAAAAAUUGCUCCAUGAAUCUGGCCAACAAGCGCUUUGUUUUCUAUCAGGAGCAAGUGUAUUGCCCCGACUGUGCCAAAAAUGCUGUAAAGUGACAGGGGCUCCUGUCGUGUAAAAUGGAAUGAAGUCUUGUUCCUUGCGUCCUCACCCUCCGCCCUGUACCACUGAUAAGGAAAGAGUGGCCUUUGACCUCUUCAAAGUUGUUCCUUCUGUCUUUUCUCCCUUUUUACAGUAUUACUCAAAUAAGGGCAC